CUACCAAAAUAAAUCUCCGAAGAAGAAACUCAAGGAAGGAAGAAGAAGCGCUGAUUCUGGACCUCAUUUUAACGAACUGGUUCCUGCUAUGGACGGGCUUGAAGCUGCUACUGUGGACCAUUAUAAGGCAGGCAUGCUCCUCAGUGGUGCCGGUGAUGCUCUGGGCUACAGGGGCGGGACCUGGGAGUUUAAUUAUGUUGGACCAGAUAUCCACCAGGAGCUGCAGGAGCUUGGUGGGUUGAAAAAAAUCACUGUCCAGCUUCCUGAAUGGCCGGUGAGCGACGACACAGUCCUGCAUCUUGCAACAGCUGAAGCUCUGAUAACAGGAAAGACAAAGGAGAAGCUUCUGGAUGAAGUGGCUUUUUUUUAUGUGAAGGGGAUGAAAGACAUGAGUGGAAGGGCUCCUGGAAACACCACUAUUUUUAAUGUAAACAGACUGAAGCCUGGAGAGGAAGGGGGAUACAGAGUGCCGUAUAACAACCGGGGUGCCGGCUGUGGAGCCGCCAUGAGGGCCAUGUGCAUCGGCCUGAGGUAUCCAAACCCGGACCAGCUGUCUUCUCUGGUGUUUGUUGCCGUGGAGACGGGCAGGAUGACUCACCAUCAGCCAAUCGGUUACCUGGGAUCCGUUGCGUCGGCGCUUUUCGCCUCCUACGCCAUCCAGCGGCGGCCGCUUGAGUCCUGGGGUGUGGGUCUGCUGGAAGAGGCCUGUCCCAUAGCCAAGAAGGUUAUUACAGACAGCGGCUUCGCUGUGGAGGAGAAUUUGAAGGAUUGGGACUCCUUCUCUAAGCACUGGAAGCGGUACCUGGAUCUGCGGGGAAUCUCUGACGGAAAGGGGCCGGUGACCUGGCCCGACCCCUACGGUGUGGCUGAGAGGGAUGAGGCCUAUAAGAGCUUCAGUCUGUCUGGCUGGGGGGGGUCCUGUGGCCAUGAUGCUCCCAUGAUAGCGCUGGAUGCCUUACUGGGAGCCGGUUCAGACUGGGAGGAGCUGAUGAACAGAGCUGCUUUCCAUGGAGGUGACAACGACAGCACAGCUGUGAUCGCCUGCUGCUGCUGGGGUCUUCUCUACGGCACCAAAGGGGUUCCUAAAUGCAACUACUCCAGACUGGAGUACCGGGAUCGUCUGGUGCGCUGCUCUGAGCAGCUUUACGCUUUAUCUCACUAAAAACACAUGUUUCUAUUCUAUCUCUGUUUUCGGUUCCUUAAAUCAGUGCUUAAGUGGUAGCAAAUCUGAAGUCUAUAAAAAUAUAUACAAUAUAAAAAUAGUAAAUUCAUGUUUAUGCUCUAAUAAUUUGUGGGUGAUUAUUUAUAGGUUAUAUAUUACACAAAUCAAAGCUUCUAAAUGUAAAGAAAUGUGCCACAAACGCUACAAAAAACCCACACCACUGAUUUUAUUUUCCUCAGGAUUCAUAGAUGAAUCCAGAUGUUUGAAGCAGAAACCAGAAUCACUUAAUUUGUGAUCAGCUCAGUCAGAAUCUCCCCCGUCUUAACGUAUCGCUCCACCAGAGGGCGCUGAGCUGUGAUGGAAAAUAAAAAAAACAGAUUAUGGACUUUCAGAAAUGCUUAGUUGGACAUUGAUGGUGCCUUUUAAGAAACUGUUGUUCUGUUUUCACUGAAUCAUCGUCAGGCAGUGACCGAAUGUAUCUAAAAACUGUAACCAUAAAUAUUCUAGCAGCUUGCACAAAGACCAGGAAUAUUUAACAUGCACUGGAUAUUUUUUGUUUAAAAAUGCUUUCAAAUAAGCAAUUCACUUAAAUAUUUAGUUUCAUUCUUCAAGCUUUUGUUGGCUUUUCCAGCUCUACAAUAUAUUAACAAUUGAAAGUUUAUUCCUAACUAAUUUGGAUUAGUAAUAUAAUUUAUAGCUAAAAUCUACUUUAGAAAUGGAAUGUAUGGAAAUGACCUAAAUAUUAAAAUUUUUUUUUUUUUUUAUAAUUUCACUCUGAAAUCAUGUUGAUGCUGCUUCCUACUCUUGUAGACUCUUGAUACUGCUGAUUUUUUGAUGCUAUUUUUUUGCAACCCUGAGAGACAGUCAUGACUUUCAGACCAACACUUGUGCAUUCACUUUAAUACUGUAUCUGGGGUAAAAUUACCUUCACUUGCCUUGAUAUAUGAAUCAUAAAGAACCUUGUUAUCCU